CGAUAAACGGUUUUGUACUUUAAACGGCGAUAAGUUUGUUGACUAAUGCUGGGUCAUUAGGGCAUUAUGGUUUGCUAGAUUGAUUUCGGUUUCUUGUAAUUGAUAUUAUUAAAUUGUUCACACCUAGCUUUUACUAGGUAACAUUUAAAUAAAUCUUAUUUUGAAUAUAAUUAGGCACAAUGCUAGCGUACAAGACGAUUUAGGAAACUUUUAUGCUUACGCUUAAGCGGUAGUGUGUGUGUUGAUAUUGCAGUUACACUCAAUUUUUUUUCCAGUCAACGUUUCAUAAUGCUCUCUGUAUGUAUCAAUAUCAAAUAUCUGAGGGGAAGCUUGAUGCGCUAACCACUAAACCAAAGUUGGUAUCACAUCCAAGUCGGCUAGUAUAAAUUGCUUAGCAUCAAGUCGAGAUCGUUAGUGGGCACGCUAACCGAUUGUAAAGUAGAGUUCUAGAAGAGCAAAUUGUACAAAGUGGAUUUUUACAAUAUAUUUUGCAAAAUUUUGUAUUUUCCGUUUGGUAUUAAAAUUAACAGCGGAGGUGUUCGCGGCCAUAGUGGAGUUCCCAAUCAAAAAUACAAUAAACUAAUCAACAAAAAUAAUACUAUUAAAUUAGUUGAAUUCCAUACACUUGAGGAUUUAAAAUACAAAAUGGCUUUUCGCGACAAAAAUGCAGUGAUUACCGGCGGCGCUAACGGCAUUGGCUUGCAAGUGUGCAAGCAACUGUUGGCCAAUGAGGCGUCGAAAAUUGCAAUUAUUGAUAUACAAGAAAAUACGGAAGAUAUCGCUAAGUUACGUGCAGCUCAUCCCACACAAACUAUAGUGCUGGUAAAAACCGACGUUGCGAAUAGGCAGGGCAUUGCAAAUACCUACGAGGAACUUGGAAAGGCUUUUGGCUCCAUUGAUAUUGUUGUAAACGUUGCUGGCAUUUUCAAUGAUCAGGAUGUACAGCGUACCAUUUUAGUCAAUUUGGGCGGCAUCAUUAAUUCCACACUUGCGGCUCUUAAAGUGAUGAGCAAGGAAAAUGGUGGGGAAGGAGGUAUUGUAGCAAAUAUGUCUUCGGUUGUUGGUUUGGAUCCAAUGUUUCUGCUGCCUGUGUAUGCCGCUACUAAAGCAGGAAUUAUAAAUUUCACACGAUGUUUGGGUACUGAUAUUUACUUAAAUCGCACUGGCAUCAAGUUCAUCACAAUCUGUCCCGGCGCCACUAUUACGGACAUGUUUACAAAUUUUACUGAGAAAAUACUCUUUCCCGAUAUGGGUGAUGAAUCAUAUCGAGUGUUGGAUCGUCUCAACAAGCAAAGUGCUGCCGAUGUAUCACGUUGCAUACUUAGCGCUUUAGAAAAGGAGAAAAAUGGUGAGGUUUACAUAAUCGAGGGCAAGCGACUGUUUCCAAUGGAAAUGAAGAGUUACUGGCGUGGUAUCGAGAAGGAAUUGAGCGAUUAGAAACAAAGUAAAGAUUCGUUUUGAAACUAGACUAUAUACAUAUAUUUAGUACAUACAAACAUGCUUGCUGGAAUUAAAUUUAUUUAAAUACAUGAA